CGCAAACACGAUGAGAUGCAUGGCAUCAGCCACAAGCUCCACAGUCCGCGGCGGGCGUGUCUUCCUUCCCGAUCGAAACAAUGCCUUUAAUUUUGCUCCGAAAGAGUUGUCGUGGCCACGGAUUAAAUAUUGGCUUUGGGCUCCCACCAUUCCAGCGGUCUGCACGUCAAUGAAUCGCGCUCGUCAACUGAAAGUUGUAUGACAUCUGCGCCGCGGCAUUCGAUCUCUCUUGGACUACUCCUCCGCAGAUUUCUCCGUCAAAUUUGUAAAACUCACCAGAUACCUAUUCCUGCAGUCACGGCGCGGCCUAAGUCCUGAGCGUGGCGAUCAUUCACCAACGCUCAUCUCCCGGGUUUGAGAUUACAAUAGCACACACAGCACACGACAAUAUCCACGAAAGAGCACUUGCGCUGGAAGCAUAGUACUCUGAGCGUGUGCGCCUGCAAACAUGUCUACCGAAGGGAAGCCAGCGGUCCUGAUAAUAGGCGGCCUGGGCUACAUCGGACGAAACCUCGCAAAAUACAUCCACGACAGUAACCUCGCCUCCGAAAUCCGCCUUGUCGACAAACACCUGCCCGAGCUGGCAUGGCUUGCGCCCGAGUUCAAAGAGGCAUGUUCGAGAGAGCGCUUCAUGCAGGCUGAUGCCUCGCAAGAACGCUCACUAGCGCGCAUAUUCGACCGCGAAGGCGGCAAGGAAUUCGACUUCGUAUUCAACUGCGGCGGCGAGACACGCUUCUCACAAGACGACAAGGUCUAUGAACUCCGAUCCCACGCCCUCUCCAUGGCUGUCGGCCGCGAAGCCGCAAAGCGCAAGGUCCAGUGUUUCCAGGAGCUCAGCACAGGCAUGGUGUACAAGCCGGAGUCUGCGCCGCGCAAAGAGAUGGAUAAGUUGAAGCCGUGGAACAAUCAGGCGAAGUGGAAGCUCAAGGCAGAGGAGGACUUGGCUAAGGUCGAUGGGCUUAACCUGAUGAUUAUGCGGAUUGCGCACGUGUAUGGGCCGUAUACAGGGAAGUUCCUUAGCACGGCGCUGUGCAUGGCGAGGGUGUAUCAGAGCAAGGGGAAGGAGAUGAGGUGGCUGUGGAAAGAGGAUCUGAGAACGAACACAGUGCACAUCGACGAUGUAGUACGAGCGUUAUGGACAGGCGCUGAGUGGUAUGUCAAGCAGGCGAAGAAGACACCAGCGCCCAUCUACAACAUUGUGGAUCACGGAAACACCUCACAAGGAGUCGUCGCCAAGAUCAUGCACGACGUUUUCAACAUCGAGACUGGCUUCCACGGCACACUGAUAUCGGCAUUUGCACGGCUUAAUAUGGACCACGUAGUUGAUGAAGUCAACGAUGAGACAUUGGAUCCGUGGGCAGAGUUGCAGAAUGCAGCUGGAAUCAGCCAGUCGACGCCUCUGAGUCCGUUCAUGGAGAAGGAGUUGUUGAAAGACACAGAUCUGAGCAUGGAUGGUAGUGCGUUCGAGAAAGACACAGGGUUCAAGUAUACACACGAGAAGCUCACAAAAAAAGGCGUCGAAGAGGUAAUCGAAAGCUACAAGAGACAAGGCUGGUGGCCAUGAGACAACAUCUUUCUCUCCUUACUGAUCGAUACCCAUUCAACAUCACGACGCUUUCACGGCCGAUAUUCGCAUGAUCAUACCUCUUCCGCCUCCGACUUUGUUUGCAUCUUCAGGCUCUGACUACGGCAAGCUACGGCAUUGCAUGUUCUGCAUCUUUUCGUAUCUAUCUCUUGCACGUUACUACUGUGUAUAAUAUCUUUGCACCGUUGGACGUUUCGUUCGAGUUGUCUCUGGUGGUAUCUUUUAGCUUUUAGUCUCGCUUUGUAAUUACUGUUCGCGUUUUCGUUGUUGAUUCUGCAUGUCUGGCUUGAGAUUACAUACCCAAACCAAGCAUUCGUAUCUUA